AUGCACCAAUCAGAACGCAGUAUUUUCAUCCACCAAACAAUCCAGCACGAAAACAAGCACCGUGUGCCGCUGGCUUUAGAGCGUUCCAAAAUGGAGGUAAAAAAAAGAAAAUUCAAUACAUUCUUCAGUACCACUACGACCAAAGGGAAAAAGCGGAGCAGGCGGCCAAAAAAAUUUGUGCUGUUUAUGGACCCAAUACAGUAUCGAAUGCAACAGCAAAGCGGUGGUUCCAACGAUUCCGUUCUGGUAAUAUGGACGUCGAAGAUGAGACACGCUCUGGUAGGCCAAUCGUCGAAAAUGUCGAUAAAAUCAUGGAAAUCGUCGAGUCGGACCGGCAUGCGAGCACUUAUUCCAUUGCCCAGGAACUGAAGAUUAGCCAGAAAACCGUUUCGAACCAUUUACAUAAGGCUGGUCUCAAGAAGAAGCUCGAUGUAUGGGUGCCACACGAAUUGACGCAAAAGAACCUUUUGGACCGAAUUCAUGCCUGCGAUUCUUUGCUGAAGCGUAACGAAAUCGACCCUUUUUGAAGCAGACGGUGACUGACGAUGAAAAAUGAGUCACAUACGA